AUGUCUGGGCAGCAACCGUUGCCGCCGUUUGGCAAUGGACCGCGUGGCUGGAAUCCGCGUGCGCCAAAUGCCAGCGCAUCGCCAUCCUCGUUUCUGUAUCGUCCGCCCUCGCCUUGGACAACGGCGCCUAGUCCACCGCCAAUAAUCUCUGGACCACGUCCGUAUGGACAAGCGAUGUCGCCGGCGCCGCAGCUGCGUGGCCAGCGGCCCAGCAAUAACAACAAUAACAUGCCGCAUCCGCGUCCUCAAUGGCCUGGCGGCAAUCAAUCACCAGCUCCAUAUCAGCCGCGGCCCAUGUUCGAGCAGCCAAGCUACUCCUAUGGCCCGCCAGCUGCUGGCGCACCACGUGCCUAUCGUCCUGCUCCGCUGCAGCAUCAGAGCUCCUAUGGCGCAGCGCCCACCAGCUCGUUUCAGCUGUCGCCAACGCCGUCGCCGAUUGUUUGCCAAACUCCGAGCUCGGACUUUACGUACAGCAGUCGGCAGACGCCGCUGUCGCAUCAAUAUCCGCAGCCGGCUCCGCCGCCUCAAUACCUACGCCAACCUGGCGCAGGUCCUCCACUGCCACCACAACCGAGACAACACGCACAGGAUCAAAUUGAUUUUGUCGGCGUACCCUUGGAGCCACCGCAGCCCAGGUCCUAUGUCAUCUACGACGAUGAGGAGGAAUUUGGACCGUCGACUGCCGAAAUUAUUGCUAACCAAUCGCAAGACUAUAUCGAUGAGAAGCUUGCCGAAUAUCAAAUGACAAUAUUGCAGCUGCAGGGUGAGUAA